AUGGUACUCUUUGCUCCUCUUGCGCUAUUAUUCAUCAAAAUAAUUAGCCAUUCGGAGGGCACAAUCCCGCUGUCCUAUCCAGUCGUCGCAAAGAGCGUUGCUGUGUUCUUAGGAAUACCUCUCGGUGCUGCCAUAGUCACCCGAUUUACACUGCGGAAGACUGCUGGGCCCGUCUGGUACGAUAACAUAUUCAUCAAGUGGCUUAGUCCUUGGUCCUUGAUUGGGCUGCUGUUCAUCAUUCUGGCACUUUUCGCUUCCCAGGGAAAGCAAGUUGUUGAUCAAAUCGUAUCCGUGGUUCGGGUUGCUGCACCUCUUCUGGUAUAUUUCAUCAUUGUUUUUUUCAGUACGUUAUACAUCACUUAUCGACUGGGCUUUGGAUAUCGGUUGUCAACAACGCAGAGUUUUACCGCGGCGAGUAAUAACUUUGAGCUUGCUAUCGCUGUUGCAAUUGCAACAUUUGGUGCUGAUAGUAGCCAAGCGCUGGCAUCCACCGUUGGUCCGUUGAUAGAAGUCCCUGUGCUGCUAGGUCUGGUUUAUGUUGCGCGAUUUGUCGCGAAAAGGGUAAAUUGGAAACCCUAG